CAGUCACCCGUGAACAUGAUGCAUGUAACUGCGUCGAAAUAUCGGGAGCUCACAAAUAAUACAAAAGUAACAAUGGGGGAGCCGAAGGACCUUGAAAAGCUACUGGUAGAGCUAAAAGAAUGGGUCGCCGCACAGCCUCACGUGCCUAAGGAUAUGGAUGAGAAGCUGCUCCGUCGUUUCCUGCACAGCUGCUACUGCGAUAUGGAGAAGGCCCAGAAGGCCAUCGAAUGCUUCACGAGUCUUCGGGCGUCGACGCCGGAGCUCUUUGUGAAACGGGACCCUAUGUCGCCGCAAGUGCAGAACGCCCUGAAAAUUGUGAACCUAGGCCAGGUAAAAGCACCAGGCAACCGCAACCUUUUCAUCUGGCAACUAAACGACCCUGGUCUCGAGAACUACGACUAUCUGCAGGAUGCCCGCAUGUUCUUCCUUAGCACAGACGCCUGGCUGCUCGAGGAAGAGAAUCUUGAAGAGCAUGACAUCGCCAUCUUGGAUGUCAAGGAUAUCACACUGAAGAUCUUGACUAAGAUAAACCUGUCCCUUGCGAAAAAACUGUCUAAAUAUCAGGAGGAAGCAAUGCCGAUCCGGCUAAAGCAGGUCCACGUGAUCAAUGCACCACCCUUCAUCGACAAAGUGUUCUCCAUCAUGAAGCAGUUCAUGAACAGGGAUAUGAGCGAAAUGAUCCAUUUCCACGUGCCCAAGUCAGAUACUCUGUUCAAGUACUUCAGCCGCGAUGAGCUGCCUAAAGACUUUGGCGGCAACCUGGAGUCCUUGGAGUACUACAACAAGAGGCUGCAUAACGUCCUGCUAAAGCAUAGGGAAACUCUGAGCAAGGACGACCUGUGGAGAGCGCCCGAGAAGAAAUCCAAGAAAUCUAAGGGCUCUAAGAAAGAACUAGUCGCCGAUGUCCCAGAAAUGGAUUCAUUCCGGUCUCUUGACAUAGACUAAAAAGGAAAUUAAUUAGCUAACCCUGAGGCCGUACCACGAAAACGAAUAUCGAAAAUUCUUUAUCUGGCUCUCUUUCGCUCGAAUAUGCAAGAGCGAUAGAGACAGAUAACGAAAUUUCGAUUUUCGUUUUCAUGGUAGGCCCUCCGCACUAACUUUGGCAGAACCAAGUGUGGAGUAACGACACGUUUUCGUAGAAAUUUUACAUUCAUGGUGACAUUUCCACACGUCGUCGUUGCAAAUGGAGUUAGCUUGGUCCUACUGUAACACUCUCUGCGCAUUUUACAAGUUAGCAAAAAUACGACUGAUAUACUUAGUUGUAGAUUGCUCAUCUCAUACCACAAUUGUGUAUAUACCUAAGUAAGGGAUCGACCUAUUAUAAUCUGAUAAGGAGAUACCGAGACUAGAUACGUUAUAUAUGGUCGACCUGCACUAAUACGUCUGACGUAUAAAACUUAUAUUUUAUGAAAGAUAAUGUUCCUGAUUAGGGUUGCCUAAAAAAAUACGGUCAAGGCUAUUUUUAAAAAGUUUUUGAACAAAAAAAAAAUUCUUAUAAAAUCAUUGGCACCGACAUGUUGUAUACCUACUUUCCAUUGGAACUUAUUUCGUUCGUCAGACAAGUCGGUGAAAUUUGAAGAAAAAUAUUUUUUACUCAAAAAUUAUUAUAAAUAGCCUUGACCGUAUUUCAUUAGGCAACCUUAUUUAUUUAUGUUCAGGAACAUAUUUUAUUUCGUAAAAUAUUAUUUUCAUCCGUCAGACGUGUCGGUGAAGGUCGACCAUAUACAUAUAACGUAUGGCUAUGACAAACUAAUUUGUAAGUAGAAAAAGGCGAGAAAUUCCAAUUUUGUAGGGGAGGUCGAACCUGCGCGCGAUUUUCAAAGCUGCCUUUUUCUAUUGAGAAAGUUGAUUUGCCAGAGUAUAUUUGUAGACUAUGUUGUGUAGGUAUAAUAUUAUAUAUUAUAUGUAAAUAUUGAUGAUGUUAUGCAGAACUAUGUGUGAGACACAUGGAAUACUGUAAAUGUACUAGUUCAAAAUGUUUAGAUUUUACCUUGAACUUAGGUACAGUCAAGCAUAAAAAUAUGGGUGCAUACAACUUACUCAAAAAUAUGUCCCAUAGUUCCUAAUUCCCCUAGGAGGAUUUAACCAAACGGAGUAGCCAUUAUCAGGCAUUCCCCUCUGUCGAAAAUAGUCGGCCAAUGGUCAUACACAAUGUAUGGACUGACGUUUAUCUGACAUGGCUAUUUUGACGUUACGUAUACAUUUGACGUUCCCCUCCCCCGCAAAAAUUGGCAGACUUUUUUGUACAGCAAAUUACAGACGUGGCGGCUCCGUUUGGUUAUAUCCUCCUAGGGUAUCCUGACAUAAGAGCUAAGGGAAAUAUUUUUUAUCCCGGCCAUACACUAGAUGGGAAGUAGUGAGUAGUGAGGGAAGUAUGCAGGGCAGUAUGGCGGUCGAUGACGAGUAGCGCGGCCACACUACGUCUGUGCCUACUUCCCUCGCUACUUCCCAUGUCGAGUAUGUGACCGAGGUAUUUGAGUAGGAUGCACCCAUAUUUUUCACUUGACUGUACCCAGUUCUCUUCGUAGUCUUUGAUUUUAAAUAUGUGUGGGUUCAAUUUUGCCACGUGUUUCUGUGCUGUGCGUUUGUUUCUUAAUACAUAAUUAUAAUGUAUAUUUUGUAGGCUAAGUAGCCUUUAUUUUUGUGAUCAAUUUUACAUUUUGGGGGUUGUAUAACAACAUAUAAGUCGUAUAUCACACGCCAAACUUUUGCGAGAUAAUAUUAUUUUUUUACUUGUGAGCUGCAAUGCAACAUUAGGGUCUGUUGCACCAAACCGUCUGUUACCGUUAAAUUGUUUGCGAAAUAUAAUUUUAAAGGAAAUUUCAUAGUUCACUGCCGAUUAACGUUGAUCAGUCCGUUAAUUAUGCUUGGUGCAACUGGUCCUAAGGUAAUUAGUUACACGCGGAAACUACAGGAUGGCCCAAAAUAUAGGUACAAACAAAUGUCAUUAAAAAUGGAAACCACAAUCAUUUAACUACAACAAAACGUAUUAUCUUCAAAAUAUAAGAGAAACGCAAACGUUUGUUAAAAUUAACCAUAGGUAUGCCCAAAAAAAAUUAUUAAGGUAUUUUUGGGUCAUUCUGCAUAGCCGCCAGCGGCAAUAUGUAUCUCUAUUGUCAUUCACGUUGUAUAGGUUCCAUAUUACUUUAGUUACCUAUCUACUUAAAAUAAAAUUAGUUGUUAAAUAUUAUGUA